AUGGCGCAAGAUUAUGUCCAACAAUUCCAAUACAAUAUCGAUAUCGUUCCGGAUCGCAAUUCCCUAGCUAAUAUGAAGAAAAAAUCAUCUGAAAGCUUUAGGAAAUAUGCCAUAAGAUGGAGGGAGCAGACAGCUAGAGUCAAACCGCCGAUGAAAGACUAUGAAUUGAUUGAUGUUUUUCUCCAGGCACAAGAACGUGACUACUUUCACUACCUUCUCGCUGCAAUGGGAAAACCUUUCGCCGAAGCAAUUAAGAUCGGAGAAAUGGUAGAGAACGGCAUAAAAUCGGGUAAAAUUGUAAGCCAAACAUCCAUUAGAGCUACCACGCAAGCAAUACAAAGCGGGUCAGGUAAUUUUGUAAAUCGAAAAAAGAAGGAAGAAGGGUCCAUGAUGACGUCUGGAUCGAGAGGUGUUCAAAUGGGCAUGAACCACCCUUAUGUCCAAGUCCAACAAGAACAAUCUAAUUCUCCUCAACAUUAUUACCCAUCCCAAUAUGCAGUUCUCAAUACUCAAGCAUAUGUCCGACCUCCUCAGCGCCAACAAUGGCGGGCACCUGCCCCACAAGGUUCUCGCCCCCAACAACAAAAUUUUCAGGCACCCCAAAAUCCACAUCCCCGGAUGGAUUAUACAAGAGAACAAGGUCGGAAAGAAAACUUUACCCCAAUUGGAGAGUCAUAUACGAGUUUGUUGCCGAAAUUAGUACAAUUGAGAUUGGUUGAACCUGUCAAUCCCUAUUUUGUCAAUCCAAAUGCAAGAGGCUUUGAUCCAACUGUUAUAUGUGAGUAUCACGCUAACACUCCAGGUCAUCGCACAGAGAAUUGUUGGACUCUAAAAAGAGUCAUUGAGAAGUUGAUUGAGGAUAAGGUAAUUGAGAUACGCAAUGAGGAGGCGCCAAAUGUCACCAAUAACCCACUCUCUGCUCACUAUAAGGAGCAUGUUGUGGGGAUGGUAGACAUUUAUGAAGAUUGUGAGCAAACAUGUAGAACAAAAAUGGAAAGCAGGGAUUCAAAAGAAGAGUCGAGUAUGGUUUUAGAACCCAUACAAAAGGCACCGAUAAUUGUGAAUGGUGCAAGUUCAAAUUUUGGAGACUUGAGAAAACUAGUGUUGUAUGUCCCUGGAGCUGUAAAAAGAAGAGAAGUACCGUUGAAUGGACCAAAAUUAUACAUUCCUGGUAAGCUUCGAACAUUUGGUCAAAAUCAAGAAAGUGUGAAAGAGCCAAUUGUGAUACAAAUUGCAACGCAACUUCCGAUGACAAACACUAAGACCGUUCCAUGGAACUACAAUAAAUUCGUUGUUACCCAUAAGGGAAAGGAGAUUAUUGAAGAAACAGAUGAAACAAGAGGAUUAACUCGUUCUGGGAGGUGUUAUGCCCCAGAAGAAUUAAGAAGAGACAAAAAAGCCAAAGAAAAUCAGUUGCCGGUUAAAAAGCCUGUCACUAAGGAGGAGGCUGAAGAGUUUUUGAAAAAGAUGAAACUCAAGAUUAUUCUGUUAUUGAUCAAUUGA